AUGGUUGAAUUUCUCGAUGCUAGACAAUGCACGCAUUGUGGUGGGCCUCGAGGCAGUUCCGAACCACCUUUUCAUUGCCUUCGCAUCUGUGCCGAGAAAGAUUGCCGUACCCGAGAUUGUUCAAAACAUCCUUCAUGUUGGGGUAAGCACAUACCUAACUACGAAGGUGCAGAGGAGCAACAUCAGAUGAUCGAUCCGUUACCACAGCUCUUUGUGGAGGCUGUGACCUACUCGGAACCAGACCCAUUCAAACAACAAGCUCUCCACAACCGGGACAGAAAUGCGCGUUGGUUCACUAUCGAAUCUGUUCGAUCUGGUGGAGGCUACGCACAAUUGAAGGUCACUGAUCGGUUCACUGAGCUAUGUGAUCCGGGGAUUUCAGGGAAUCGGUGGAGUGCCAACCAGUACCCAAGCUUCGUCUCUCUAAUUGGAGAUACCUGUGUCGGGAAGUCUACUCUUCUCCGUGCAAUGUUGUUGAUGGGUAUUGUAGAUCCGUCAGGCUUUGGGGGCGAAUCGAAGGGACCCAGCCAAAUAGAUGAGCAGAGAUCAACUAUGUCCAGGCUCAAGGAAGUCAUCACUGAAGGCUCUUACGGACCAGUUACAAGAACGGCAGACUAUCGUCGACUCACCGACCCAACUAGUUUGGGAGUACAUCUCUAUAAGGACAAGUACGGUUCGACAAGCCUCAGCAUCCAAAAGGACAACGUGCAACGUUCAUUCCCCAUUCUUUUCGCGGACUGUGAAGGCUUUCGCGCAGGCACUGCAACCACAAACUCUGAAAGAUCCCGAGCUCGAUCUUCAUCAAGAAGGAGAGGGCCUCGGAGAGACCGGAGUCCAUUCGCCCACGAGCAAGACACACCGGGUUUUGACAGCGACAACAUUAUAUCAGACGAGCCUAUUGUAGCAUCAAGCUAUGGAAAUGGGGGAAAGGAUGGGGUUGACUUGUUCUACGCUCGAUUUCUUUACACUAUAAGCGAUGCAGUGGUUUUCGUCACCAAAAAUGACACCACUCUCCAGCCGGAUAUAGAGCGGUUACUGGAGUGGUCAUCGUCUGCGGUUUUCAAAUCGCUGAACCUUUCGGCACGAAGAACCCUGGUAAUAGUGCGGAACAUGACUGGUCUGCACGACUCUCACUUAUACAACAAUGAGAUUCUGAAGACCUCGAUGCUGGGCAAUUUGAAACCAUUUUGGGAGGGCUCUCCAUCCCUCGCAAAAUUCCGUCAAGAGUACAAUAAGUCCCAGCCCCACUACGACCGCAAAAUACACGAUAAUAGAGACUUCCUUCGUCUAUUUUUUCAAGAUGUUAACGUGUGCUAUAUCCCGGACAAGGCUAGGGCCGAGAAUGAGCAGGUAUUUGGCCAGUAUCGGCAACUUCGUCAUUUGAUCACCCAAGCAUGUCAUGAAUCUCAAAUCAGGAAAGCCCGAAGUCUGAUGCAACAUAAUGUUCCAACUCUUACCCAUAUCUUGAAUCGAGCAUUUGAGCACUUUAGGACGUCAAAUUCCCCAUUCGAUUUCUACGACGCUGCCAGGAGGGACAACCCCAACCCUUCCUCGAUGGCGGACCAUAUAACGAAUUUCUUGCGCCACUUUCAUGAAACUCAGAAUAUCCCUUUGAAUGAGGACUCGGUUGUCUCUCACGUAGUGUCCAUCAGCUUGGUGAGCUGGGCAUUGCGAACUUUCAAACUUCAUGAGCCGCAAGACAUGUACUCACGAGAGCUUCGAGAUUGGUGUCAGCGGGCGUUUCAUGGAUACGUUGAGCGCUUCCAGAAAUGCGAGUUUCAUUUUAGGGAUGGUGCCCAAUGUGUCGCCCGAUUUCUUGGACAUGGGGACCAGCAUUGCGACGCUGCCGGAAACAGAAGUCCUGGACCUUUCAAAAGUUCUAGGGACAAAGGUGGAAAGCUUCUGGAUGAUAUCCAGUGGGAAUUCAACUGGCUAUACCGGAGUCUUUGCACCCCUCAGACUCAGCCACGGCAAUUGUUUGGAUCGGACAUUUUGAACUCUGAUGACUCUGCACCCACCUUUCCAACUCCAGAACAGGCGCGCGAACUUCGAACGGAAGUACUACAACAAUUUACAGACAUAUGGAAGACAUUAAAAAGCAAUAAAACUUGUUUCACCUGUCUGCAAAACGUUCCCGAUCAUCCAAUGGUUUGCGGGCAUGUGUAUUGCACACCUUGCAUCCAAGAAUUCGGGAGGAAGUGCGAAUACUAUGAGGGCGCAUAUGUGAUGGAUCGAUGCAUCUUGUGUCAAAUGCACUGGCCUGAAGCUCUUCAGCGUAUCAAACUGAAGCCGAAAUGUGCUGGCCUCCGGGUUUUAGCGUUAGAUGGAGGGGGGAUUAGAGGCGUCCUUGAGUUAGGGAUACUAGAACAUCUUGAAAGUUUCGUUGGCAUCAAUGUGCCUAUUCGGAAUCUGUUCGACCUCAUUGUAGGUACCAGUACCGGCGGCAUCAUCGCUCUAGGGCUCACAGUCAAGGAUGAUUUGACCAUUGGGCAAAUGAAGGAAACUUUUAUACGAUUGGCUCAUAAGACAUUCGGUAAAAGAAGAGAAGGAGAGCUGAUCAGUAAAAUCGACCCGUUCAAGAUCACUUCUAAACUCAUGAUGCUGUUUCAAAUUUUCCCGAGCAUCUAUCCAACGACGCCCUUGCAGAAGGGAUUAAUCGAGCUCUUCGGCCGUGACACCACGCUGUUUUCUUCCACCAGUCAAAUAAGGCAACAAAGAGCUACACGUGUUGCUGUCACCUCGACCAAAGAUGCUUCGGCAAGUCUAUGCCUCAUUGCAAAUUACAAUCGCUUCAAUCUACAGAAUAGUGACGAUUUUGAGCGCGAAGAUGAAAACGAAAAAGAGCUUCGGACAUGGGAGGCAGGAUUAGCCACAUCUGCUGCUCCUUUAUACUUUCGCCCGUUCAAGAAGAAUGCCUCUAACAAGGACUAUGUAGAUGGUGCACUUCACGCAAACUUCCCAGUCCCAGUUGCGCUUGAGGAAGCUUCUAAGAUUUGGCCGCAAUCGAAUUCUUUGGAUGUUCUUGUAUCUGUUGGAACUGGAAUUCAAGAGAGGGAAUAUCACAUUCCUUCAAUGGCCAAAAUUGGAGGCAUCGAGAAGAUAUUUGCCUUAUUCCAGAACAGUCUUGAUACUGAACGCUCCUAUCAGACCUUGAUGAACGCCUCUCAAAAAAGUCCGGCAUACCAACGGAUCCGCAGAUUAAACGCGAAAAUUGAUGGCGGAUAUGUUGCUUUGGACGACCAUACCAAGCUCGAGGAACUAGACCAGAUGCUGAAUAAACAGGUGCUGAAGCCUGACGGAACAUUGAACGAGCUGGGAAGAUCAAUCGCUGAAGUUGCAGACAUUCUCAUUGCUAGCUUGUUCUUCUUCGAGAUAGAUGAUGGAACAUCGCCAACAUCUCUCGUUCGCGACCCUGUCAAGCCCAAGAAGUCUAUGCUCUUUGGCUCCAUUCGGUGUCGGCUUGCCCACGAGAGUCCCGAGUUGAAACACUUGGUCAAUAAAAUCGAUGAAUUUACUCUUAUGGAGUCCGUGAACAAAUCGCACAAUGGGUUGAAUCCCAGUUCAUCCACUUCUACGACCUCCAAGAAAAUAGGCCUGACUGAUGAGCAACGAAAUGAGGUCCGAACGUUGGGGAAAAGGUUCAGAAUAGCAGUGACAAUUUCCACAUUUGAUGUCGAAAAUGCUCAGCAGGUUCUAGCAGUCAGAUUGAAGAAUCGAAACACUUCAAUUCCAAUCAGCGGCUUCCCUGUCACAUUGAAGGAGCUUCAUAGCAGAGGCAUGGGACUAUGA